UCUGAAGAAGACGAUUCUAUGCGGAAGUAAAAAUAAAAAAAAAGGUUCUAUACGGAAGUAGUGGCUUAUUGACAAUUCCCAGCUCGAUCUACUAUCGGACGUAUUUCUUGGAUCAAGGCACCACACCAUGACUGACCUUUGGCAGAAUGCCAUGGACCAUGCUGUGGCUCUGGCCAGGAAAGCAGGAUCGCUUGUGAGGGACGCGGUACAGAAUGACAUGAAGGUUAUGCUGAAGAGUUCUUCUGUGGACCUGGUGACUAAAACGGACCAAAAAGUGGAGCAACUCAUUAUAGACUCUGUGAAGGAGAAAUUCCCCACGCACAGUUUUAUAGGCGAGGAGUCGGUGGCUGCUGGAGAGCCCUGUGUUCUAACUGACAACCCAACCUGGAUUGUUGACCCGGUAGACGGAACCACUAACUUUGUCCACGGAUAUCCGUUUGUUGCCGUGUCUAUUGGCUUUGCAGUCAACAGAAAGCUGGAGUUUGGUGUGGUGUACAGCUGCAUAGAAGACAAGAUGUACACAGCCAGGAAAGGGAAGGGAGCCUUUUGCGAUGGACAGCUCCUUAACGUGUCGGACCAGAAAGAAAUCAGCCAGUCUAUCAUUGCUACUGAGUUUGGUUCCAACAGAGACACAGAGGUGGUUGACAAAAUCUUCUCCAGCAUGAGGAAGAUCCUGUGUUUACCCAUCCACGGGAUUCGAGGUGUGGGCACAGCGGCCACAAACAUGUGUCUGGUGGCGUCGGGCUGCGUGGAGGCCUACUACGAGAUAGGGAUUCACUGCUGGGACAUCGCUGCCGGGGCCAUCAUAGUCACAGAGGCAGGGGGCGUCCUGAUGGAUGUAGAUGGUAGACCAUUGGACCUCAUGUCCAGAAGGGUCGUUGCUGCGAAUAACAAGAUAAUCGCUGAAAGGAUUGUCAAAGAGAUUGACGCGUUUACCCCUCUGCGCGAUGAUGCACCUACAGAGACAAAAGACUGAACAAGGGAAAAUUGCUGUUUUAUUAAGUCAUAUUCUUAGAAAAAAAAAAUGUGUUUUUUAAGCUUGUUUUAUUUUUUCCAAAAGAUAUCACUGUUCUUGAACAAUUCUGGUCAUUUUAAAACCAAACUUUUUUUGUCCUAGCAUUCUGUGUUUUAUAUGUUUUUAAUUCAUUCAUUUUUUAAAAUAUUAUAAUUGUUUUAUGUCAACUGACCAGGAAGAUACUCUAUGUUUUAAAACAGUGUAAUCCUGGAGAUCAGUAAUGUAUAUGUAUCACCAGUCAUGUAUGUAUAAAAAAAUAUUUAUAAUAAUAAAUAAAAAAAUUGAGUUUA